AUGGCGACAAUUCGGCCAAUGCGCCCAACAGACCUCCUCCGGAUAUCGGAAUGCAACCUCGACCACCUCACGGAAACGUAUAACAUCGGUUUCUACCUCGAGUACCUGACCAAAUGGCCCGAGCUAUGUCAGAUAAUAGAAGGAAUGGACGGGGAGAUUGAAGGCUACAGUACGACUCUCCUCCUAGGCAAACUCGAAUCCUCGCCGUUCGAACCCCCAAUAAAACCCUACAAACCCUCCACCACCGGCGUCCAGUACCCAAACUACCUCCCUUACCAUGGCCACAUCACCGCCCUUACUGUUGCACCCUCAGCGCGCCGCCUCGGCCACGCGACGGCAUUGUCAUCUGCACUGGAACGUUCGUCCGACGCGGCGAACGCGUGGUUCGUCGAUUUGUUUGUGCGCAGGAGUAAUGAGAUUGCGAAGGAAUUGUAUCGCAAGAUGGGGUAUAGUGUUUACAGGGUUGUGAAGGAUUAUUACAACGACGGCGAAGACGCGCUGGAUAUGCGGAAGAGUUGUAGUAGGGAUAAGGAAGGGGAGUGUGUCAGGGUUGAUGGGGAGAAAUUUGAGGUCAGCGCCGAGGAGGUCUGGUGA